AUGGUCGACUUUGAGGAUGAGGUACUCGCUGCGGUUGUGGAGGAAGGUGGUGUCCGCAGCAGCCUGAAGCUCGGGGGCAGCGGCCACGUCCAGGAGGAGACGACGGCGGGUGGACCCGCGACGGUCAAGGGGGAGGCGACGGCAGGUGGACCCGCGGCGGCCAAAGGGGGGGGGGGGGGGGGGGGCGCUGCUGCUGGAGCUGGUGCACUCCGCCGGCUGCUGGAGCUGGUGCACUCCGCCGGCUGCUGCUGCUUCUGGACCCCUCCGGCUGCUGCCGCUGCCGCCGCUGCUGCCGCUGUGGCCGCUGCUGCCGCUGCUGCUCCUGCUACCGUUGCUGCCGAGGAGAAGGGAGAGGGAGAGGAGGAGGGAGAGGGGGGGGGGAAGGAGGAUGCAGCCGCUGGUGCGGCUGCCGCUGCUGCCGCUGCUGCCGCUGCUGCGGUGGCUGAAAUGGCGGGGAGAGAGCGGCGAGGGGGGGGGGAGGGUGUAGUGGCGGCGGAGUAUGCAGGGUGUGACGGGGUCGCGGUGGCGGGAUGGGCAGGCGGCGACGAUGUGGUUGCGGGCAGGGACGGCGCAAUCACGGCGGGGAGGGGGGAUGGUCGCGGUGGCGGGAUGCGCAGGAGGCGACGCGCAGUCGCGGCGGCGGGAAUCGGAGGCGGCGAAGGUGCAGUCGUGGCGGCGCAAAUCGCGGGCGACGGCGGUGCAGUCACGGCGGCGAAAAUUGCGGGCGACGGCGGCGCAGUCGCGGCGGCGGGACGUGCUGGCGACGACGGGGCAGUCGCGGCGGUCGCGGCAGCGGAAGGGCCAGGCGGCGACGGCGUGGUCACGGCGGCUGGAAGGGCAGGCGGCGACGAAAAGGUCGCGGCGGCUGGGAGGGCAGGCGGCAACGGAAAGUUCGUGGCGGCGGGAUUAGAGGGCGGCGACGUAGCGAUCGCGGCGGUGAAAUCCGCGGGCGGAGAGGCACGGGCGGCGAAAUCCGCGGGACGCGGUGGCAAAAUCCGCAGCGGAAUUGCGGUGGUGGAAAUUGCGGAGGGGGGGGAGGAAGGGGGCCGCGGCGGAAAGGCACGGGCGGCGGCAAGGAAGCUGCGGCGGGAAAGCGCCGAGAUGGGGAGAGGGGGGGGGGGGGGGGACGAUGGCGACGGAAAGGUCGCGGUGGGAAGGGAGGACGACGGCGACGGUGAUGUCGCGGCGGUCUCUCCCCUUGUAUGCAACUGUUGUUAUCCCCUCACCCAUGUCCAUCGAUUCCCCUCAUCCAUGUCCAUCCAUUCCCCUCACCCAUGUCCAUCCAUUCCCCUCACCCAUGUCCAUCCAUUCCCCUCCCAUGUCCGUCCAUUCCCCUCACCCAUGUCCAUCCAUUCCCCUCCCAUGUCCAUCCAUUCCCCUCCCAUGUCCAUCCAUUCCCCUCCCAUGUCCAUCCAUUCCCCUCCCAUGUCCAACCAUUCCCCUCCCAUGUCCAUCCAUUCCCCUCCCAUGUCCAUCCAUUCCCCUCACCCGUGUCCAUCCAUUCCCCUCCCAUGUCCAUCCACUCCCCUCCCAUGUCCAUCCAUUCCCUUCCCAUGUCCAUCCAUUCCCCUCCCAUGUCCAACCAUUCCCCUCCCAUGUCUAUCCAUUCCCCUCCCAUGUCCAUCCAUUCCCCUCACCCAUGUCAAUCCAUUCCCCUCCCAUGUCCAUCCAUUCCCCUCACCCAUGUCCAACCAUUCCCCUCACCCAUGUCCAACCUGCCUCUUGCCUUCUUCAGCGGCCCCCUCCCCAUCGCCAGGGAGCACUGCAGCAUCCCCAUCCCGCCCCACUGCCUCCCCAGCAUCUCCCCCCUCACCUGCAACGCCCUCCUCCGAGUCCAGCAGUCUGUCAGCAGCAGCCAUUGCCCUGGCUGCUGUGGCUUCCCUACUGCUACUCUUGAUUAGCUUUACUACUCAUUCCAUCCCUUGCCUUCCCAUCUCCAACCCGCCCCGUGCUUCCCCCAGCGGGCCCCUCCCUGCCUCCAGGGAGCACUGCAGCGUCUCCACCCUCUCCCACUGCCUCCCCAGCAUCCCCUCCGUCGCCUACAACGUCCUCCUUCGAGUCUGGCGGCCUGUCAGCAGCAGCCAUUGCUGGCAUUGCAGUGGCUUCUGUGGCUUCCCUGCUGCUUCUGCUGAUUGGCACGCUGCUAUGUUGGAGGAGGUACAAGAAAGUGAGAGGUGCAGCACAAAAGCAGCAGCAGCAGACGAGGAGGGCAAGGAUGCAGUACAGACGGAUUCCCAAGGUCUGGUGGGCAGCGUGGCGGCCGCUCACGGCACGGAGUACUCCCUGGAGGAAGUGCUCAUAGCCACCAGCAACUGUCUGGCGGGCAGCGUGGCGGCCUCGCACUUCACGGAGUACUCCCUGGAGGAAGACAAUGGGGAGGUGGAGUACUAA